AUGGGCUCCGGCAAGAAGACGCCCGAGGUGAGCCGUCGACCUCCCAAACAGAGCAAGGCUACUUCCAAUGACCUCUUGAGCAGCCAGAGCAAGAGUUCCAAGGCACCUGUAUCCUCAUCCGCUGCUCCACGUGUGCCUACAACUCCCAAAAAGGGCAGGAAAGAAACCGCCCGUAGCCGUCGAGUGCUCGACUCUCCGCCUUCGAGCAGUUCGUCGUCGCCAGAGCUGCCAGAGCAGGAACAAGAGUACGAAAAAUGGCCAUUUACUCCGAUUCCUCCUCAUGGAGCUCAGAAGUCUGCCAACGGACGCAAUGAAGGUCGUAGCUUGAUCAUGUGGGGACGUCCUCGAAUGAUUGAGAAGGUGAUGAUGCACCUACAGUACGAGUGCAGUAGACAUAAGAUCGAGCUGCCUUGGGAUGCCAUCGCCCAUCGCCUGCACCCAGGCUCAACCGGAGGAGCAGUUGUCCAGCACCUUGGCCGUCUCCGCAGUCAGCUCAUUGUGGAGGGUCACCUGGUACCGCCGCCUAUGCAGAAGCCGGGAUCCAGGGCUCAAGUAGAUCCCUGGGUUCGAGGCUACGUGCGCAAGGAUCAAGAUGCCAAAGUAUGCUUCAAAACCGGCAAUGAGGCAUUCGAGACACGCGCAGUUCGGUUUGACGAGAAGCUAGAUGAUCGACAUUUUAACAUUCCGGAUGCCGUGGAUGUUAUCAAUAAUCAAUCCAUCUCCUCUCCUGCCAAGCCCAGGAACAAGAGUGGCAAGCGUUCUGCCACCAGGACCCUCUCAUCGCCGUCCAAGCGUAUCAAGCGCGAGGCUAUAGAGGUCGAUCCCGCAGAUCUGCCCAUGGAUGCCGACUACAACCCGGCAGCACAGGCGGUCCCGCGCCGCAAAGCCGCUGCGCGCGCAGCAUUGGCCAUUGCCAACAACGGCUCCGACAGCGAGCUAGAUGAUGUUGAGGAUGGUGACAGAUAUUCUGAUGCUCUUCGGGAGGAAGUGCCUGAUGUGGUCUCAGACCAUCUCAAUAAUACCGAGAAUCCCUUGGGAACCGAUGAGCAGGAGCACAUGGAGAACCAUUCGAUGGAGCAGGAGGAUGGAUACUCGGAUACGGUUAGAGGUGUGGUCGAUCCGGAGUAUAAUCCAGAGGCAAGCAGACGCUUUUCGGAGACAGUCAUCGCCCCUGAGUUCAGCCAACCGCUCCCGUAUGAGGGGUAUCAAGGCAUGACUCUUGACUUUGGCGACGACGAUGAUGAUGAUGAAGGAGAAGAAGAAGGUAGUGAUGACGACAACGCCGUCGUCAAUUAA